AUGAGUCCAAACCUAACCGAGUCAACCAGACUCGCCCAAUCUCUAACAUCUAGCUCCGCCGGCACCAGAAGAGACUGGCCAGCAGAACCAGUGAAUCCAGUCGUUAGUUCGAAUGGAUUGACGGGAGUUUCAGCCGGAGGAGCUAACACGAUAGCAUUAGGAACAGAAAAUUACGCAACAGAGCAAUCUGCUGCAGUUUUUCAAUCUUCUCUCGGAAACUAUAACAGCGCAAAUUCAGCGUCAGCAGGGUCAGGAAUAUUGGGAGGAACUACAGGGCCGAUAGGGCCGUCUAGUGGAAUGUCAUACAAAGCGGUCACGCUGAGCAAGCCGAACCCAGAUUCGCUGAAAAACUCAGUUUACAAGCUGGGAGACCCGCAAGAGGACAUACCCCUGGCAAAAGCCGGACAGCCCUCGCUGCCCUUGGGCAGCAGCGGCCUUGGCUCUAACUCGAGUUUGCCCACAGAUAAGGCGAGAGCGCCGAGCAGCUCGAGCAGCGCCGGUGGCCGAGGAGCGUCCAGUACGAGCCACCACUUGAAGCGAGGUCAGACAGACAACGAUUCAAGCGACAGGUACGCCUCUGGAAAGUGCAGCUCUGGUGGCAACGGCUCGAGCAACCAGGGCAAGGGGGCCUCGAAGGGCGGCGGCGCGCCAGCGGACGGAACCGGGAAGCACGCAGUGCUCUCGGAGGAGCAGCUGGCUAACUUCCGCACGUCAUUCUGCGCAAAGCACCACCAGAACAAGUGUCCGAACAGCGACUCAUGCGAAAAGAGCCACUGUCUGACGUGGCAGCGCAGGAACCCGUACGAAAUCAGCUACUGCCCACACCUGUGUCCGGAGAUACAAUUCGUUAAGAAGUCGCGCAAAAUGGUCUUAUACCGCAGGUGCACCAGAGGAAAAAACUGCAACUUUGCACACUCGAAGGAGGAGGAGUUGUAUCACCCGCUGGUGUACAAGACGAAGCAGUGCUCGUCGUUCCCGAAGUGCACGAGGUACUUCUGCCCCUUCGUACACGACCCGUCUGAGAUGAGGGACGCCUCAAAGUUCAUGUUCGAAGGUUAUCCAGCUCCAAAAGGAAAAGGAGCAGAGUCAGGAAAGGAGGAAACGAAGAGCGGAAAGAAGGGAGGAAGCGGAAAGGGUAGCCCAGGACUGGCAGCAGACGGACACGCGGAGACUGAGAGGGUGGAAGGAGCAAUAGCAGAUGCGAACAAGGAAACCUUCCGCGAAUCAAGGCAAUACCUGCUCCAGGGAGACUACGAAUACGGCGCAGGGUACUCGGGUUACGGAGAUGAAUAUCCACUCCAUGACUACGCUAACUACGACAACGAGUUCGGAGACGAGUACAACAGCCAGUUCGCCAAGGAUUACCCUGUCUACAACAAGGAGUACCAGGACCAGUUCGUUUCUAGUUACGGUGCGGGAGAAUACGGAGUCGGUGAGCGUGCGGGUCACCCUGAGAAGGAGGACCAGAUGACGCAGUUUGAAAGCCUGGACGCACUGGAUGCAUCCUACGGGCUCGACCACGUGGACAGGCUGGACGCAACAAACUACUACGAGGACGGCCUCGGAGUCGAAGGAAUGUGGUCCGGAGUAGACACGUACUCGUCAGUCGGAGACCAGCACCUGAGUGGAGGCGAUUACCAUCCAGGCCAGCAGACCUACCAAAGCGCUUAUCAGUCAGGGCAGGUGCAAGGCGAGUACCAGUCGUACCAGUCAGGGUACCAGCAGGCAUACCAACACAACUACCGCAGAGCGAGCUACAAGGACGCGUAUCAGCGCCAGUACAACAGGCAGUAUCAAGACUACCAGGCAGACGCAAGCGUGAGCUACAGCCAGAGCUACCAAACGUACAGGCCCGACUUCGUGGACAAGGAAUACUACGCAAACUACCCAGAUCUGCCAACGAGUAACCAGAACGCAGGAAGCGGGCCAACAGGCACAGGAACUGGCGCGUCUAGCAUUGGAGCUUCGAGCAGGGAAGUAGCAACUAAGGGAGGGAUGUCGUCAUCGGCUCAGGGAGUGGCUGGAAAGCACGUAGGCAACAAUCUGGCAAGCAUGGCGGCAAACAGCGGAGACAUGUCGACGACGUACUCGAACUACAACUCCGCAGACAACUACCACUCACCAGGGGGCAGCUAUCAGUCAUCGGACCAUGCGGCGAGCGCCUACAAUAGCAGCUAUCCAGCUAACUACCACCCGAACUACCAGAGCGAAUACCUGGAGAACAGCAGCAGCAACACGAACUACCUGCAGAACUACUACCAGGACCAGGACCUGGGUGGCCUGCAGUACGAGCUGGAGGACCAGUUCAGCGACCUGGGACUGGGUAGCACGCUGGACUUGACAAGGGCAGUGGACAGCUCACUUGAGCUGAGCGGAGGCCUCGACCUUAACGGAAGCAUGGACGCAGGCAUGGAGCUCAACGACAUGUUCGUGAAAAUAAUAAACGAAAUUGAAAAGUAG